AUGGAAAGGGUAUACCCCAUCAGCAAGGGAUUUCUCCUUGGCCUCAUUAUCAGUCUUCUCCUUCAAGGACUAGGUGACAGUUUCACCAUUAAUUGCUCUGGCUUCGACCAGCAUGGGGUGAACCCCACUGCCUUCCAAGCAGUGUUUGACAGGAAAGCCUUCCGCCCCUUCCUCAACCACAGCAUCCCCACACAGGUCAACGUUUCCUUCACCCUUUCAGCCAUCUUAGAAGUGGAUGCACAUGUUCAGCUGCUGACAUCGUUCCUGUGGAUGAAUUUGAUGUGGGACAAUCCUUUCAUCAGCUGGGACCCAGCAGAGUGCACCAGCGUCAAUAAACUCAGCAUCUCGGCUGAAAAUCUAUGGGUCCCCGACAUCUUCAUUGUGGAAGCCACGGAUGUACAUCAGGCCCCUCCAGGCCUCAGGGCCUAUGUCAGCAGUGAAGGCCGGAUAAAGUACGACGUGCCGGUGCGGGUGACCAGCAUCUGCAACCUGGACAUCUUCUACUUCCCUUUCGACCAACAGAACUGCUCCUUCACCUUCAGCUCCUUCCUCUACACAGUGGAGAGCUUGCUGCUGGGCAUGGACAAGGAGGUGUGGGAGAUCACAGACAUAUCUCAGAACAUCAUCCAGACCCAGGGAGAGUGGGAACUGCUGGGCAUCAGCAAGGCCACUCCGAAGAUGUCAGUGGGCAGCAGCCUGUAUGACCAGAUCAUAUUCUAUGUAGUCAUCAGACGCAGACCUGGACUCUACAUCCUCAACCUUCUGGUGCCCAGUAGUUUUCUGGUGGUCAUCGAUGCCCUCAGCUUCUACCUGCCAGCUGAGAAUGAGAAUCGGGCACCCUUCAAGAUCACCCUUCUGUUGGGCUACAACGUCUUUCUGCUCAUGAUGAAUGACUUGCUGCCUAACAGUGGCACGCCCCUCAUCAGUAUCUAUUUUUCCCUGUGCCUGUCUCUGAUGGUGAUCAGUCUUCUGGAGACCAUCUUCAUCUCCUACCUACUGCAUCUGGCCAAUACUCAGCCCCCACCCAUGCCUCCGAGGCUCCUCACUCUUCUCCUCUACUGCACAAGUCCCUGGAAAGGGUGUCUCACUGUACCUCAGAAAGGAAGCAGAGGUCUCCCUUCUUCUCAUCUGCCUGGUGUGAAGGAGCCCAUGGAGUUGGGGAGGAAGGAAGCCAGGCUCAGAAGGGCAGAGUCCCAGAAUGGGAGUCUUGACUCAGCCAAAACACAGCAGGAAGAUGAAGCUCACAAGAGACAUCUGGUCAACCUGUGGGUGCUCUUCAGUCACAUGAUGGAUACCCUGCUCUUCCGCCUUUACCUGAUCUUCUUGGCCACAUCUAUCAUCACAGUCAUUGUUCUCUGGAAUAACUAG